UGGGCGUGGCCCAAUAACAUCUCAUAAAAGUUGAAUGACUGCCACCGUAUCUCUCAGUUAGAGAGUUUCAGAACCCUGCUUCCUCCAUCUUCUUCGCGCCUUCGUCAUCUCCAUCCAUCCUUCCUUCGGGUAACAGAUGUCUUUUGAACCCACUCGCUCACAUAAAUCUUCAGUAUUACAUGUGCAUUUGAUGAAACUUGGAAGACUUGGGAGCGCGGGUUGGAUUUAUUUCCGACACUGGACUUGAUCACGCUUGGGAUUAGAUUUUUUUAGUUUUUUAGAUUAUUAUUUACAAGAGAUUUUAUUGGGCAUUUGUUUAGUUUCAUGGCGCGUUCAUCACUGAUACCGGGAUUUCGCUUUCAUCCCACGGAUGUUGAGUUGGUUAUGUUUUAUUUAAAGAGGAAGCUACUAGGUAAGAAAAUUACUGUUAAUGCUGUUGCUGAAGUCAACAUAUACGAUUUCAGUCCAUGGGAUCUUCCAGAUAAAUCGUGUUUGAAAAGUGGAGACUUAGAGUAUUUCUUUUUCUGCCCGAAAGCAAAAAAGUAUUCAAGCGGCGGUAGAUCUAAUCGCGCGACUGAAAGUGGGUUCUGGAAAGCUACUGGGAAAGACAGAACGGUUAAGUACAAUGACAGAACCGUUGCAACCAUCAAGACAUUGGUUUUUCAUAUUGGGCAUAAAGGAAAGGGGGAAAGAACCGAUUGGGUGAUGCAUGAAUACAAAAUGGAAGAUGAACAUUUGGCUAAUGCGGGUGUUGUUCAGGAUUCAUACGUGUUGUGCAAGGUUUUUAAGAAAAGUGGUUCGGGGCCAAAAAAUGGUGCACAGUAUGGUGCACCGUUUAAUGAAGAAGAGUGGGAUGAUGAUUUAAAUGGUUGUGCUACUUCUCAAGGAGUGGUUUGUCCAGUUGGUGCUUCCAACGCAAUGGAUACUGAACAUGAGGGUCCUGAUACAGUGAACCUGACUGAACCAGGUUCGUCUAGUGUCACGUUUUCUGCAAACACUUCGAACAUGACUGUAGCUCAAGUUAUGUCUGUCACUGUACCAGGUUCAUCGAAUAAUGAACAAGAGGGCCCGGCUACAAUGAACCUGACCGAACAAGGUUCAUCUAUUGUCACGCUUGCUGCAAAUCCACCUACAGACACUUUGAACAUGUCUGCAGCUCAAGGUCUGCCUGUCACUGUACCAGGCUCUACUAUUGGCCCGUUGUCUGUCACCGAUGCGAAUUUUGAUUUGCCUGAUUUCAUGUUUUUCGAAGAUCUCGAUGCAAUUAUGGGAUCAGAGGAUUAUGAAGCUGCUGCUAAUGUGGAGAACGCCGUAUCCAAUCAAGAUGAUAUUUAUACUGACUUGGUGAAUCUAGUUGAUCUGGAUGACCUAAAUGAGAUCAAUUUCAAGACUGAUGGAGCCGACUACAUGCUUGACAACCUUCUCGCACUUGAUGAUCUGGAUGAAUUUUUUGUUGAAUGACCUGAACCUGCCACCAUGGUCCUGUUUUGUUAUUGUAACAAAGAUCUGGUGGCCAGCGUCUGGCCUUUCUUUCUUUAUCGAUGUUUAACCGUACUUGAUUCUUUGUUGAAAGAUUUGUUUAUUCCUUAUUCAUCACAUUAUUAUAUACAGUUUGGAUUUGAUUAAUCAAUUUGGAUUCGAAUGAUCUAGAUGA